AAACCCAACGCAUUGAUGGCGAAUCCUCCACCACGCAUCCCAUUCGUCUCCUCCCAUGAUCAGGAUCCCACCAUCACUGGCCAGUCUCUCUCUCUCCGCAUAACGACGACGAAGAAAGGGCCCAAGGCCAGAGCAAAAGCGCUGACCCAGCAGAUGAAGAACGACCGCGGCUCGCUCCUCCUCGCCGGAGUAGCGACCGGAAUCAUCUGGGCGGCCGCGAUGCUGUGCGCGUGCCACGCGAGGGCCGACCUCCACCCCCUGGUCAUCGUCCCCGGGAGCGGCGGCAACCAGCUGGAGGCCCGGCUGACCAGGGAGUACAAGUCCUCCAGCUUGCUCUGCAGCCGGCUGUUCCCGCCGGUCCGGGACCGGGACGGCUGGUUCCGGCUGUGGUUCGAGCCCAGCGUGCUGCUCGCCCCGUUCACCCAGUGCUUCGCGGACCGGAUGUCGCUGUACUACGACCCCGGAUCGGACGACUACUGCAACGCCCCCGGGGUCGAGACCCGGGUGAAUCGGUUCGGGUCCACAGAGUCGCUGCUGCACCUCGACCCCUAUCUCAAGCAAGUCACAGCAUACAUGGCAACUCUAGUUAAAUCCCUCCAAAAGGUUGGGUAUGUCGACGGCAAAACCCUAUUCGGAGCUCCUUACGACUUCCGGUACGGCUUAGCCGCCGACGGCCACCCGUCUCGCGUCGGCUCCAAGUUCUUACAAGACCUCAAGGACUUAAUCGAGAAGGCUACCACAUCCAAUAAAGGCAAGCCGGUAAUCCUUCUCUCACAUAGCCUCGGAGGCCUCUUCGCCCUCCAACUUCUCAACCGAAACUCUAAACCGUGGCUUCAAAGGCACAUCAAGCACUUCAUUGCCCUCUCCGCCCCUUGGGGCGGCGCCGUCGACGAAGUGCUCACCCUCGCCUCCGGCAACACCCUCGGAGUUCCGUUGGUCGAUCCAUUGAUAGUGCGCGGAGAGCAAAGGAGCUCCGAGAGCAAUCUAUGGCUCCUUCCAUCCCCGAAAGUCUUCGACAAUGAAAAGCCACUCGUGAUCUCUCCAUUUGCAAACUAUACGGCUCACGACAUUGCGCAGUUUCUAAACGAUAUCGGGUUUCCGGAAGGAAUCCGACCAUAUGAGUCGAGGAUCUUGCCUCUCGUAGAGGGAUUGGCGGUCCCAGAGGUGCCGGUGACGUGCGUGUUCGGCUCGGACAUGGAGACGCCGGAGAAGUUGAUUUAUCGGAGCAAGGCUAAGGGCUUUGACGAGCAACCGGAGGUGGUGUACGGCGAUGGGGACGGCACGGUGAACAUGGCGAGCUUGUUAGCGCUCGAGUCUUUGUGGAAGGAGAAUCGGAAGCAGCCGUUCAAGGUGGUGACGAUCCGCGGAGUUUCGCAUACGUCGAUAUUGAAAGAAGAGAUCGCGCUUCAGGAAAUCGUUCAAGAGAUCGUGAAUAUACAUGCGGAUCAUGUCGGAAGCUCGUAUGUGCAGAGAUGAGAGUUGGGUGUAGAAAGCUUGUGUAUAACUCAAUUUGGCAUGCCUAUUAAGAAGACGUUAGUUGAAAUUAUUAGGCUCAUUUGAAACUCUGUAGAAUGAGUAAGUCCAAUACACAGAAAUUUCCAUUAUAAAUAGCGUUAAUAUCA